AUGGCCUUUGUGGCAUGUUUGGGGGUCUCUCUCUACCAAAGCAAGCUGGUGAAGUACUUCAGCCGGCAGCUGUCGUGCAAGAGGAAGGUGGCGCUGCAGGAGCGCAAUGCCAAGCUCGAGGGCUUCCCCCAGCUCCUGCACUGGUUCCGCAUCGUCGACAUCCGCAAGGAGGUCAUGGAGGUGGGGCUGGAAGCCCCUCCGGGGGCCUCAACCCUCCCCGGGGGGGUUUUCCCGGGGGGUUUCAAGUCCCACGAGUUCCAGCUGGGCCACCGCGUGGACGAGGCGCACACCCCCAAGGUCAAGAAGAAGAACAAGCCCCUGAACCUCAAGAUCCACAACAGCGUGGGGAGCUGUGAGAACAUCCCUGCCCAGCGCUCCCCCCUCCUGGCCGAGCGCUCCCUGCGCUCCUUCUUCGUGGGCUACCCGCCCUUCCUGCCCUCCACCCCUCCCGUGCACACCGAAGCCACCUUCUCAGCCAAUACGCUGUCAGUGCCUCGCUGGUCCCCGCAGAUCCCCCGGCGGGAUCUGGGAAACUCCAUAAAACACAGGUUUUCCACCAAGUACUGGAUGUCUCAGACCUGCACUGUCUGUGGGAAAGGAAUGUUGUUCGGCUUAAAGUGCAAAAACUGCAAGCUCAAGUGCCACAACAAAUGCACCAAAGAGGCCCCUCCGUGUCACCUGCUGAUCAUCCACCGAGGAGGGAGACGAGCCGUGCGGGGCGAGGCAGAUUUGCAUUGCAAACCACUUCCACCCACCCUCCCCCUGCCUCCUUUUCUUUUCAGAUUCCCCACAGCACGGGCGAGGUUAGUCCGGACAGAGUCGGUGCCCUGCGACAUCAACAACCCCCUGCGGAAGCCGCCCCGGUACUCGGACCUGCACGUCAGCCAGACCCUGCCCAAAACCAACAAACUCAACAGGACCACAUCCCAGUGCCCUACCAGCCGGAUUCCAGCAGCAACCCCUCCUCCACCACGUCCUCCACGCCCUCCUCGCCGGCGCCGCCGCUGCCGCCCAGCGCGACACCCCCGUCCCCCCUGCACCCCUCCCCGCAGUGCCCGCGCCAGCAGAAGCAGUUCAACCUGCCAGCUUCCCAUUACUACAAGUACAAGCAGCAGUUCAUUUUCCCAGAUGUGGUGCCUGAGACUCCAACCCGAGCCCCACAGGUUGUCCUCCACCCCGUCACCUCCAACACCAUGUUGA